AAGCUAAUCGGAUCGCAGCAAUGAUGAACAUUGCAGUAAUCGGGGCCGGGGUGAAUGGUGUGUCCAGUGCCAUUAAGAUAUUGGAACACUACAAAAGAGAGGCAAAGUCACCGAUAAGGGUGACGAUUAUAUCGGAGGACUUCACGCCCAACACCACAGGCGAUGGAUCGGCGGGACUCUGGGGUCCCUAUCUACUGGGCGGCACUUCGCAAUCGAAAGUCUACAAAUGGUCGAAAAGUAUGCACAAAUUUCUGGAGGAGAUCUGGCUAAGUGGAGAUGCCGGAGAGGCUGGUGUGUGUCUGCUGCCCUGCAUUCGGCUGAACACCUCCACGGUGGACACCGUUGAGGAUUUCUGGCGCGACAUUGUCUAUGGAGCCGAGGAUCUGUCUCAGGAACAACUCGCUGCCUACAAUAAAGGACGCAGCGUUAAGUUUACGUCAGGCCUAUCCUUCGUUACCUACACCUCGGAGCCCAUUAAACUGCUUCCGUAUUUGAUGAAGCGUUUCGCCCGCAACGGAGGAAUAGUUGUUCAGAAGAGGAUAACAGACCUGGAGGCAUUUGUCGCCGACUCCGAUUACGAUGUGAUCGUCAACUGCUCCGGCCUGGGCUCCCGAACUCUUCUCAACGACGACCACAUGUACGCGGUGCGUGGACAAGUGUCCCGGGUGAGGGCAAACUGGAUUUUCUCGGCCGUUCUGGACGAAAGCGACGAUGGCAACUACAUUAUACCCAACACUGAGACCGUUGUCCUGGGCGGAACCCAUCAGGAGCGGGACUACAACACUCAAGUUUGCCCCAAGGACAGGCAGUUGAUAGUGGAAGGCUGUCGCCGGUAUAUUCCUGGUCUGGAGCACUCGGAAAGCCUUUUCGACUGGGUGGGUCUUCGGCCAGGUCGCACCCAACUGCGACUGGAGGCGGAGCGCCGUGGCCGGAAGCUCCUUAUCCACAACUAUGGUCACGGCGGCAGCGGGGUCACCUUGUGCUGGGGCUGUGCCGACGAUGUCCUCGAUAUCCUGCUGGCCGCCAAGAACGGUUCCAAGUUGUAAGUCCCAAAAAAAAUGUAAAAUAAAUGUAAAAAAUGCUGUAAAAUAUAGAUCGCCAAUAUAGACCACCUGA